UGGGUGGGAGAGCCAAAGAAGAAGCGCCUCUCGUCUCCCUCCUCCCUCCCUCCCUCCCUCCUUUUCCUCGCAUUCUCGCCGACUUUCUCCGAGCGGUUCUCAAAAUCCCCCAACCAGCUACAGCAAACGGACAGGAACUGCUCCCCACUUCAAUCUCUGAUUUCGAUGGCGGAUUUUCAUCGUCUCUCCCGAUUCCUUCCUUUCCUUGACGAGUUUCCAAAACCCUAGCUUGCUCCCCCCUUCUCCUCCUUCUCCUCGCCGCUUCGUACGCCUACUCCCGUGGGUAUGAAACUGGGAGAUGGAUCUUUGAAAUAGAGUGGGAAGAGGGACGAAAACUGAUUUCGUUUUGAAAGAAGAUGGACAUCCAGGAUUCUCUCAACUGUGGAGAAGGUUCCUCCGAAACAAGAGAAGAGAGUUUCGAUGUGUUUUUGAGCUUCAGUUGACGGGAUACUCCCAGUGGCUUUGUGGAUCAUCUCCACCGUAGCCUCCUCCACGCGGAGAUCAGCGUGUUGAGGGAUGAUGGGGAACUCACCACCGUGAGAGAGGAGAAAGGGCCGUCGCUUACCCAAGCGAUCAGGCAUUCCAAGAUCGCCAUUCCGAUCCUGUCAGAGAACUAUCUGUCGUGAAAGAAGGAUCCCCCGAUUACAGAAAGGCUGUCGCCGGGCAUAAAGACCUAAAGACCCUCCAGUAAUGGAAGGAAGCUCUCAUCCAUUUGGGAUCCAUCUCAGAGUGGUCGAGUAAUCGGGAACGGAAAUACUUAAGGGAGUUCUUCUCGAAUUUGGUAGUCAGACACAUCACAGUUUUGGACCAGCACAUUUUGUGGGGACGUCGAGCAUAAGAUUCCUUCGAUUGGAUCAGGCGGACCUCAUUGGAAAUUUCAAGGGGCAUCUGUCAAUUUUAAGAUGGCUCUAUUGGCAAGGUUGUCCUCGGAAUCUUCAUCGUAAGAAUUUGGAUUUGGAGGAGUUGGUUAUUCUAGGUCUUUCCCGGAGCAUGAUCCAUGAAAAAUGGAAUGGCUGGAUUCAAAUCCAGGUAGAGAAGUAUAUUAUUUCUAAUUUCAUUUGUCAAAUUGUUGAGGAAAAGUUAACUCUUUUCUUAUUUUACUUUAUGAUAGAAUCAAAACUCCAUACUUAUCUCAUUUCACAUGUUUAGAGAGAUUGAUUCUUGAAAGAUGCAUGUGGUUGGAUGAAAUUGGUCCAUCGGUAAAAAGUCUGCAGUGCUUGGUUUCACUGAAUUUAAGGUUUUGCACUGAACUCAAAGUUGCCCCUUGAGCUGGGUUCCCUCAUAUCCUUGGAAGAUAUUCUUAUCGAUGAAACCGUCAUUCAAGAGAUUCCUGCCUCCAUCCGUCAUUUGCAAAAGCUUAAAGGAUUCGGUGCUCGCAAUUGUCCAUUGAUCCAGCUGACCGAAUCAAUUAGCCAUGUAAAAUCUCUAGAAGUCCUCGCACAGAAUGGUAUCGAUUAGCCAUGUAAAAUCUCUAGAAGUCCUCACACAGAAUGGUACAGAAAUAACUAAAUUUCCUCUGUCUGAAGAGUUAGAGGAGUGCUGCAAUACUUGUCAAUAAGUAAUUGUAGGUUGAUAUUGAGCUUGCCAACGUCCAUGGGGACUUUGGCUUUGUUGAGUGAACUAAACCUAUCAAGCACUGGGAUUGAUGAAUUACUUGAUACCGUCAAUGAGUCAAGUCUUUUAAGAAUGCUCAAAAUUGAUUCUACUUUUGUAAGAAAGCUGCCUCCCGCUAUAUGGAAAUUGAAGAGGCUUGAAGAGCUUCACGCUUCGGGAUGUUGGAGUUUGGAGGGGAAAAUUCUUAGACAAAUUAAGAUGCUUUCCACAUUAAGGGUCUUGAAACUUAGAUACUCUCGGAUUUAUGGUCUAUCAGAUAGCAUUUCUGGACUUCCCAAUCUCCAAACACUUUAUCUGCUUUAUUGUGACCAGCUUUGUGAAGUGCCCGAACUUCCUUCCAGUUUAAUAAGCCUAUCUCUCAGUUCUAAAUUGAUGGACAGGAUCCCAGACAUCAGUAGUCUGGUUAAGUUAGGGGAGUUAUUCUUGGGUGAAGAUCCCAGGAUCCGGUGUUACCAGUUCAAGAUAAAAUUGAGGAGAAAGAAUGCACUUUGCAGCUUGAGAGAUUGUUAGAGCUGAAGAUAUUGCAGCUAUCUGCGUUAAAGAUCCAACUACUACCCGUUGGUUGCAUUACCUUUAUAAGCUCAGGAAGCUCUCCCUUUGCUGCAUUCACUUAGAAAAGCUACCACCGCUUCCUCAGGGUUUAUUCACUCUAUCACUUUGCCAUUACAAAUCGCAGACAAUGCCAGAUCUUUCGUAUUUGGUGCUCCCGUCAAAAUUCGAGCUUUUUGACUGUGCAGUAACGGAAGUUCCAGGCCUCGGGAAGUUCAAAUCCUUGCGAGUUUUCACAGUAUCUCACUGCGACCUGCAGCAGAAGAUUCAUGUUGAUUUUGAUGGUGUGGAUUAUCACUGGUCUCUCUCCGAGGAGCGAAGCGGUUCAAUAACUGAGGCGGAAAGCUCAUCCGAGGGGGAGUCUAGCAAACCAACUAAAACCAAACUUUCUUUUUUCAAGGGCAUCGAACCCAUAUACGAAGGUAGAUUGUCAAGAGAUCACAUGAAGAAAAUCAAUUAUAGAGUUUCUGACAAAAAGGUGGAACAUGUCUUUUCAGGAAAUGAAGGCAGCAUUGACAAUAUCAGGAAGUCAAAAAUUGGUAAAAUCGACCUAUCAGGUAAAAUAAUUGGUAAGGGAAGUAAUGGGACCAUUGUCAUUGAGGGCAAAUAUGAAGAACGGCCUGCUGCAGUGAAACGCCUUGUCCGGGUUCAUCGUGAUGUUGCUGACAAUGAGAUGAAAAUUUUGAGGAAAUCUGACCUAUAUGAAAAUAUUGUUCGGUAUUAUGGAUUUGAGAGAGACCAGUAUUCUGUGUGUCUUGCACUUGAGCUUUGUACUUGCACCUUAGAUGAUUUAAUUCAAGCAUAUUCAGAUUCUUCAAAUAACCCUCAGUUGCCUGAUGAUCCAGCAUCAAUAAAGGCUUCUGUUAGGGAUACGAUGCAGGAUUUUAACUUGUGGUGGGCAGAUGGUCAUCCUUCACCUACGUUAUUGAAACCAACAAGGAAUAUGGUAUCAGGACUCAGCCAAUUGCAUGGCUUGGGAAUAAUCCAUCGGGACUUAAAGCCUACAAAUGUGUUGAUUACUAGGAAUCCAUUGCGUGCUUAGCUAUCUGAUAUGGGCAUGAGCAGAUGCCUUCCUAAUGGUAGAUCUUCCUUGGGAUAUCAUGCCACUAGUUGUGGAACCAAAGGAUAUCAAGCACCUGAAGUGUCUCGUGAUGGUGGGCACCAAACGCAGGCAAUGGAUUUGCUUAGUUUAGGUUGUGUCUUGUUCUUUUGCGUCACUCGUGGAAGACAUCUGUCUGGUGAAAACAUUGUUUCCAACAAUCCAGACCUACCCUCGGUGAUAGAUAUGCCGGAAGCUCAUGAUUCAAUUUCACGUUUACUAAGCCAAGAUUCCAAAUUGAGGCCAACGGCAUUGGAGGUGCUGCAGCAGCCAUUUUUUUGGAGUUCAACAGACUGACCUUUCUUCGAUACAUCAGCGAUGCAGUAGAACCGGGAGCGGGGAAAGGCAAUUCAGAUCUUCUCAAAGAAUUGGAGAACAUUGCGCAAUUGGUUUUUGACGGGAAUUGGAUAAAGGAAAUAGAUAUAGAUGUUAUGGACGACCUACGUAAACACAGACGUAAGCCCUAUGACGAAAGCAGUGUCAGAGACUUACUGAGAGCUGUGCGAAAUAAGUUUAGCCACCUAAAGGAAGCUCCAGAAAAAGUUAAGGCGAUCCUCGGAUCGGAUCCUAAUGGUUUGGAUGCUUACUUCACCAAACUAUUCCCCAGACUCUUGAUUGAGUCAUACAAAGUGGUGUCCCAAAGCCCCGAAAAGAAGGAAUUGCUUGCGGGAGUGCUUUCUAUGCUUCCUAAGUAACGUGCUUUUGACCCUUUGGCCACUUCCCGCUGUGAUUCUUUCUUCAAGCCAACAGGAUUGGCCAUGAAUAUUACGGGACAUUCCACUUGUCUUUUCUGUUGUGUCUGCUUUCUUGGUUACGUGGAUCAAGCUGGACGACAUCAGACUCUAUUCGUAUUGUCCCUAAUAUCAAAUCUUAAAUAAUUUUAUAGUAUACUAUUGCCGCAUACUUAAAAUGUUUGAUGUAUUGCUCUUGAUAUUGCAUAAACAAAUAUUGUAUUUCAAUUUCAUGCAAUUUUUUUCAA